CCCACAAUCCCCUGCUUCGCCCUUAGCGAACAUGGCGGGCAUGAGCCUACUGAGUUCAGCGGCGGCUCUUGUCAGUCGGCUCCGUCCAGUAAAUCGCGGUUUGCUCGCAGGGAAUGUUCUUUUCAGAAACCUACCGCAGCCUGGGAACGUGCCCGUGCGAUUUGGCAGCCAUGGAAAGAAACUGUUUGUCAUCCAGCCUUCAAAGUUUUAUGAUCAAAGAUUUCUGCACUUAUUGAAAUAUUACAUUCUGUUGACAGCAGUACCCGCAGCUCUGUUUGUAACGUAUGUCAAUAUUUUCAUCGGAGAAGCUGAGCUUGCAGAGAUCCCUGAAGGUUAUGUUCCAGAUCACUGGGAAUACUACAAGCAUCCAGUCACAAGGUUUAUCGCCCGCUAUGUACUUGACUCUCCAGAAAGUUCAUAUGAAAAAGCAAUGGCUUUAAUAGACACUGAAGCUGAGAAAGCCGAUAUCCGGUUGAAAGAACUUGAAGCACGCCGAUUGAUGAGGCAAAGAGGAGAUGGUCCUUGGUAUCAUUAUGAAACGCUAGAUAAAAACCUCAUCAAUUAUGAGCACAAGGCUACCCCUGAUGAUUAGGGACUACUAACAUUCUGAAAGGCUCUGAAUCUUUCUGAUCAUAAUAAAUUAUGUCAUGUACC